CAUGAUUAGCAUUGAAGAGUGUCCAACUUUAAGACCUACUCAGUAAGAGUUUGAUAACUUCUAUGAAUAUAUUGAGAAAAUUGAUAAAUAGUAUUCAGCAAACUUUGGUAUGGUGAAAGUAAAUUCAAACAUUUAACUAAUUCACAGGUCAUUCCUCCUAAGAACUUUAGAGUUCGCUAAUAGGAUUAUAAUAAAUCACUUGACAACCUCAUCGUUCAAGGCCCCAUAGAGUAGAAUGUUUAUGGUAAGGGAGGUAACUAUGAAUGUCUACACAUUCUUAAAAAAUCUAUGCCCUUAAAAGAUUACAGAAAUAAGUAAUUAGAGACUGAUAAAUAACAUGAUAAACUAAAUCCUGAUUAAUUCGAGAGACUUUAUUGGAAAAGUUUAGCCUUUAGUCCUCCCUUAUAUGGAGCUGAUAUAAAAUUAUCUUUAAUGGAUGUCAAUAAUGCUUGGAAUCUUAAUAAUGUCACAAGUCUUUUAAAUUAUGGACUCAAAAACCGUAUUCCUGGAGUUAAUGAGCCAUACAUUUAUGUUGGUUCUUGGAAGACCUUUUUUGCUUGGCAUAAAGAGGAUCUUGAUCUAUGCAGUGUCAAUUAUCUCCAUUUGGGUAAAGAUAAGUAUUAAAUAUAAAUAAUUAUAAUAGAUUUUGGUAUUCAAUUCCUGAAGCAGAUAGUCAUUUGUUAGAAAAAUAUGCAAAGUAAAUAUAUGGAGAUCAUUUUAAUAAAUGUACAGAAUUUCUGAGACAUAAAACAACAGUAAUCAAUCCUUACUUGUUGAAAGAAAAGGUUCCUGAAAUUCGCAUAUCAAAAAUGGCUCAUCAUGAAGGUGAAUUUAUGUUCAUUUUUGCUGGAGCAUAUCAUUAAGGCUUUAAUUGUGGAUUUAAUAUUGCAGAAGCUGUCAAUUUAGCCACUCUAAAUUGGUUACCAUUGUUAUUAGAGGCCAAAACAUGCAAAUGUGUGAAAGAUAAUGUGAAAAUAGAUACAUUAGCAUUUGCUGAAAAUUUAAAAAAGUCUACACUAUUUAAAGACAAUGAAAAGGUUAAAGAUUUUGUAGAAAAAGCAAAAAAUAUGUAAAAAAUACUCCACAAACCUAUCAAAAAAGUAAAGAUGUGAU